AUGAAGAUUGACUCGGAAGCCGGUUUCGCUCCCACCCUUCACCACAAGGGUGAUCCGCGCGACGAGAGUGGCACUGCUUCUGCUUCGAGCGCCACCGUCGCGACACCUCUGACGACGGAUCCAGCAGCGGCCGCAGCAGCUUCGCCCGAUUCGCCUGCUUCGAACAUAGUCCCCGGCACGCCCGAACUCGCAGCGAGGGGAUCUCGCCGCGUUGGUAACCCGUCGCCGUCAUCGCCGCUCUCCGGCGUGAGCGGCAGCCGUCGGAUCCUCGCCAGCGAGUUCAUCACGGAAGAAGGCGGCGAAGCCUCGGCCUUGGCGCCGACUGACGCGGCGUCCAUCGCGGCGUCUAUCGCGGCUGCGAAUUCCCCUGCCGCAUCUGCCGCAUCGGCCACGCCUGUGCGUGUGCCGCGCCCGGUUGAGUCCAGCCUGGGAGACAGCCCGUGGGAAGACGUCGUGCAGCCAGUACAGCCGGGAUCGUCCAAGACAGCCGUCACACGAGCGCACAAGGCUGCAGACAAGCAGUCCACGGAGGCCACGGAGGAGGGGGAAGAGGAAUCCUUCAAGCAGGCCGUGCGUGCGACCCGUGAGAGCCGUGCGAGCGUGGGGAAUACUCCGUCCAGCAGGUCUGCAGGCAGCUCGCCUGUCCAUCCGGCUUCCCUUCCCACUGCUGUUCCAGCUGCUGCACCUGCUCCUGCCUCUGCUUCCGGGAGCGCUCCCGCUCCUGCUGCUCCCGCUUCUCCCAGUCGCAGCAGUGCAUCACCCUCCCUUGCUGGUCAGUCAGAGCAGGAGCACCGCAAGAGGAGCCUGUCGUUCGGACUGAGCCACAUCCGAUCCGCUGCGGCAGCUGCAGCAGGGUCCAUCCUCACGCCCAGAGGCACCCCCAAGGGGGGGAGCGGUAAGGACGCAGCAGCAGCAGCAGCAGCAGCAGGAGUCGCAGGAGGAGAAGGAGCACCAGCGGGGGCGCCACAGUCCACCACCAGCGCCCAGUCUCCCGCAUCCGGGCGGGCAGGGCAGAUUCAAGAAAGAACGUUGUUGAAGCAGAGUAAGGAGCAGGCACCAGCAGCAGCAGUCGCCAUAGGCGGGGGAGAGGUCCCCGAGUGGGAGGAGGAGGGGAGCGAGGAGGGGGAAGGAGGGUAUGUAGAGCAGCUUCAGGGGAACACUCCUUCUGCAUCGGAGCUGCAGGCUCAUCAGCAACAGCAGCCGCAGCAGCGGCAGCAGCCAACUGCUGGAACCGGGUCUGCAGCAGCAGCACCUGGACCCUUCAUGCCUCGGCGGCAUGAGAUGCUGGUGGACAUGCCGGUGCCUGGCUUGUCUGAUGUCGAUGUGCCCUACCGCAGGUACUUCCAGGCACCUGACGACACACCGCCACAGCAGAAGCAGCAGCAGCAGCAGCAUGCGUCGGCAACACCUGCUGCUGCUACCCCCCCUGUGGCUUCCCGGCGGUAUGAGAUGCUGGUGGACAUGCCAGUGCCGCCCGUGGUGGCUUCCCUGGAGCCUACUGAGGCGGAGAUCAAGCACUACGCAGAGAGCGGUGUGACUUGGAGCGGACCCGCUGGGAAGGCGGACGCGGGAGGAGGAGGAGCAGGGCAACAGCAGCAGCAGCAGCGGCAGGGGUUGCAGCAGCAGCAGCGGCGGAGGUCUCAAGAGGAGGAGGAGGAUGAGGACAGCUUUGUGCCAGUGGAGGCGCCGUACGCGCAUGGCGCAUGGGCGAGUGGGUGUGCUGCGGAGAAGCUGGAGAGCAGUGGCAGCAACAGCUCCUACGUGGGUGGUGCUGGCAGUGGUACUGCUGGUAAUGGCAGUGGUGCUUCUGCUGGUGGCAGCGGCGCUGCUAAGAGUGGCAAUCGUGCUGGUGAGAGGGAUCCUGAGGCGCAUGGUGGCAGCAGGGCGAGUCAGGAAGCACGUGGUGGUGGUGCUGGUGGCCGUGCUGGUGACCGUGCUGGUGGCCGUGGGGGUGAACGUAGUGCUGGUGACUUCUCCCCUUGGCUGCACGCCUGCCGCCUGCAUCUCUCCCACAAGCUCGGCUCUGGGGACUUCGGAGACACGUGGCAGGGCGUGGUUCUGCACUCCCUCCCCCGCCAUGCGCUCUCUCUCUCUGCUCCGCCCGCGGAACAGCUCGCGUUGCCUGGAGCAGCAAGGGCAGCAGCGGCAGUGGGCAGUAAGGAGAGGCUGGAGAAGCUGGUGAUGGCGCUGAGAGGCUGUGAGGACGCCCUGGGUGGGCGCUUGCACCUGGCCACGUGCAUGGAUAAGGUGGCAGUGGUGUCGCCGCUCUUUGACAAGUCCAUUGCGGACAUGAUGCACAAGUUGCCAGGAAACCGCCUGCCCUUCCACCUCUUCCUCAGGUACGGUGCAGCAGUGUGCAGAGCGGUGCAGCAGCUGCACGAGCAGGGUGUGCUCGCUCUGAACCUCCGCCCCUCCAACUUCCUCCUCCCCUCCUUCCACGAGGAUGUUGUGUUCCUUGCUCCGCCGGGCCUCCCAUGGGCGCUCGCAGACAUGCAUGCGGACCCCUUCUCACCAAUCCCCGAGCUGGCAGCAGCAGCUGGUGGAGCGAACUCAUCUCCUGUGUGGGCAGGAGUGCCGGCAUACAUGGCACCAGAGCAGUGGGCGGCAGCAGUGAACGGGCCUCUGGUGGAAGGCACUGAUGCGUGGGGCUUUGCCUGCGCUGCCCUGCACAUGAUCUCAGGCGUGUCCCCCUGCAACAACAUGUCACUUGAGCAAAUCCACGACGUCAUCACUGCCCACGCGCCACAUAACCGCCACCACUGCCGCCACCACAGGCGCAUGGCAGACCACUGCAAGCGCUUCCCUCCUACCUCCACCCCCUCCUCCUCCUCCCCCGCUCUCUCCUCCCCCCCGGCACCAUCGUCCCUGCCCGCGUGUGUGUCAGCGGCGCAUCUGGCAGCGUUGCAGCAGCUGCCGCUGGAACUGGAGGCAGUGCUGCUGCGCUGCUUUCACAGUGACCCUUACAAGCGUCCCUCCUUUCACACGCUUUUGAGGGCCUUCACCCGUCCCACAAGCCAGUACCUCCCAGGGGACUGGGUGCGUGUACCUGCAUCCCCGUCCACUCCUCCGCACAAGCAGCAGCAGCAGCAGAGGGUGGGAGUUGUGUCCGCAGUGCGGGCAGGGGAAGCAGUGGUGGCAGUGCAGCUGUGUGACAAGCGCCCUGGCGACCUGGUGGCUUAUCCAUGCAAGAACGUGCUGGGGAUUGUGGAGGAGCCUUUCCAAUGUGGUGAUCGGGUGCGCAUCAAGAGGGGAGUGGGGAAUCCACGAUUCGGCUGGCGCGGAAACAGCAGGAGCAGUGAGGGUGUGGUGACUGUGGUAGACAGCAGCGAUGGCAUGCUGGGCGUGAGGGUGGAUCUCCCUUCCUCCUCUUCCUCCUCUCCCUCUCCCUCCUCUUCCUCACCCUCGUCAUCCUCCACACCAUCCACCGCCCUCUGGCGUGUGGACCCAGCUGAAGCGGAGCGAGUGACGCAUGGCAUUGCAGUGGGGGACUGGGUGCAUAUCCUCACACCAGACGCAGUUGCUCUCAUCUCCUCUACCAGACGCGUCGCUGCUGCGCGCGCUGCUGCCACCGCACGCUACGAGGACACCUCAGGGGUCUUGCCGUUUCCCUACCCAUACAUGCUGGAGGAUGUUACUCCAGAGAUUAACCCACCUCUGGGGGUGGUGAAACGGGUGGUGGGUGAGGCGGUGGAAAUAGCAGUGGCAGGUGGAGAGGGGGUGAUAGGGGGGCUGGAGCCUGGGAGAGGAGAUGUGAGGCGUGUGGAGGGGUACAGAGUGGGGCAGAUGGUGCAGCUGAGGGAGGGAGUUGUGCCCCUGUAUGGAUGGGCCUAUAUCUCGGAACUGGUUGAGGUGUGGGAUGCUGCCAAGAGGAAAGGGCGGAAGCGAGUCAAUGCUGCUCGUGUUGCGACUGUGCACCCGAAUGGGUUUCUGACGGUGCAUCUGCCGGGUGAGCUGUGGCACUCGUCCCGCCACUGGCUGGUGCAACCCGAGCAUGUGCAGCCAGUGGGAUUGCGCUCCUGCAAGGGCCUGCAGAACAAGUGGGAGUUACUUGGAGCAGUGCACUGGUCCCUGCAGCCGCUCUCCUUCAUCUCCUCUCUAUUUGUGAUGUACAUAGCCUCACGUUCCAUCUCCAUCCCCUUCAUGCCCGAUCUGCUGCAAUCUGCUAAAGAAAAUGCUUCUGACUCUGCCGAUGCUGCAGACCAGUCCAAUGGUCAAGUGCCACGUGGAGGUGCAACCCCUCGAUAUGCUGCCAGGGGGGGACCUACAUCGCCCUUGCAGCUGUUCGGAUGGGGUGGGAGGAAGGAGAAGGAUGGUGCAGAGGAUAAUGGGAGCAGUGGAGGAGGGUUAAGCAGCAGGUCAGAGCAGGGUAGCCGCAGCAAUGCUUCUACCCCUGCUCCAGGUGGUGGCGGGGGUAGCAGGGCGGGUGGGAGCAGGGCAGGUGGUGGGGAUAGUAGCAAGGCUGGUUCUACUCGUGGGGGGAGUUUCAGUGCUGCGAGUGGAGGUGGUGGUGGAGAUAGUGGCAGAGCGGGUGAUGGAUCUUUGGGUAAUAUUGCUGUGCCAUAUGGAGAGGGAAAUGGAGGGUGGAACCCUUUUGCGCCCAAGCCUGAGCCUACUUGGUUGCCUUCACCUCUAGCGAGGAUGUUGCCAGAAGCUGUUGGAGGUAGACGUAGACGUGAUGGUCAGUAG